AUGUACACAGGACAAACUAUUCGAGAGAAAAGAAUUGUAGAAACAGCAAAUAAAAGAGAAGUGGACUAUGAAGUAGGGGAUAUCCCAACCGAAUGGGAAGCUUGGAUUAGAAGAAAAAGAAAGACUCCACCUACAAUGGAGGAAAUCCUAAAGAAUGAAAAAAAUAGAGAAGUCGUUAAAAUGAAAAGCCAAGAUCUUUAUGAAGAGGAAAAUCUCCUUUGCAAAGGGAACAAGGAAGAACUUUUGGCUCCACCAGUUCAGACUCAGAUCAAAGGCCAUGCCUCUGCUUCAUACUUUGGAAAGGAAGAACCCUCAGUGGCUCCCACCAGCACUGGUAAAACCUUUCAACCAGGAUCCUGGAUGCCACAAGGCGUCAAGAACCCCGAUCAAUGAAUGCACUGUGGUAAUAAAUACUUCAUUUGUAUGUAACUUUUAACAAUAAAAGAAGUAAAGAUUAGUUUGUUAU